UAGUAAAUGCAAAUAAUAAAGUGAGAGACUACUGCACGGGCGCUUUGUGCAAUAAAUGAAGUUGUGCGUUUGCGCUCCUGUCCUAUAGUGCCUUUUAUCACGUACUUUAUCACUGCGCCUUGCUUUCAAGAUCGUACUGGAUAUUCCACUUCUGAGCGCUACCACGUUACUACGAUUGGUGGACUAACACAUUACGACUGUCUUAGUUUUACAGCAAUACGGGAUUCAGGCUUCCGUGAAAGGGUGCAGGUCCGGCGAAGCGAAAGCGUGGACUUGGGCGCAGGUGUUUUCAGUGUGAGGAAACUGUCAAAGGAAAACACCAGACAGCCGCGAAAGGAGCAUGCGCUGACUUGCGGCAUUUUCUGCUUUGCGCAGAACGAUUCUUUCGACACUCGUCUGCAUGGUGCUUGUGGCCACUGCAAUUGAAAAGUGGAGCACGGACCACGAGUGCUUGUCAGGGCCAUUACUGAAGACGGUAAUAAUUUUUUCUGCAAUAUCGAAUACGAGAGCGCUCCUGAAGACAGAAAAUACAGGACUGAAUCAAUCCCUCCUAUUUUUGAGCGGCCUGAAAGUAUUUUGCGCCUACUGGGUUUUGCUCGACCACGAGUACAUCGCCCUUCAGGCAGAAUUUUUGCACAGCCCAUUUGAGUUGAUGCGAUUGUCAUCGAAGCCUUCGUUUCAAUUUAUCACCAACGGCGUUUUAAGUGUGGCGACGUUUUUCUUCAUGAGUGGUUUUGCGUUGUCAUUCUCCAUGGCUGGCUCACUUCCAAGCAUACGUUCGUUUGCAGUGGCGAUCGCUCGUAGGUACAUAAGGUUGACGUGUCCAGUAAUGGUGGUUGUGCUCAUGGCGUUCCUCGUGCCCCUAAUUGCCGACGGCCCUGCCGAUUCGGAACUGCUGCCGCAGCAGUUGAGCGGCUGCUACACCAACUGGUGGGCCUUAUUGGUGCACGUUAACGACUUCAUGCCUCGGGACCAAAUGUGCCUAACCCACCUUUGGUACGUUGCUGCUGAUAUGCAGAUAUUUGUAGCCGUCGCCCUCCCGCUGGCGGUGCUUCUGAAUAGGAAUAAGAAAGCCGGCUUUGCUGUGGCUUUCGUGACAUGUGCAGCGUUCGCUAGUUUAGCUGCGGCGCAAACUUAUCUUUGGCAGCUGUUCCACGGAAUCACCUUCGGAAACAGUGAUGUGAGACGAUUUUCGAACACCCUGGAAUACGUUCAUUUCAAGCCAUUUGUCCACAUCCCAACGUACGUCUGCGGUACUGUUUGUGGCUUUCUCGCAAACAGACUGAAAGGAAAGCUACUGCACAAGAGAACAGAAGCUCUUCUUUGGUUGCUGUCGGCCUGUCUCCUGUGCUCGGUUAUGUUUGUGACGAUUCCGUGGAAUGGAGGUCGCUUCCCCGCUGACUCUGUUAUUGCCCUGUACGGAGGCUUCCACAGACUUGUCUGGGCACUGGGUCUGUCUUGGCCUUUCAUUGCCUGUGCGACUGGAAAAGGAAGCGUCCUGUACAAAUUCCUGGCAUGGAAGGCGUUCCUACUGCUGUCACGGCUCACCUAUGGAAUUUACCUCACGCACCUUCUUUUUAAUCUGCUGCGCAUGGCGAAUACAAAGACACCGAUAAAUGUGGACGAGUUUUUGCAACUGAGGAAUUCCAUUGGAACGUUUGGCCUCAGCGUUGCGUUGGCCUACGUGCUGUACAUAAUUUGCGAUGGCCCAACACAGCAGAUAGAAAGAUGUCUUUUCAGGAAGACCGCUACCUCUCGUGCUAAAGUUUCUCCUCAAGAAAAUGAAACUGCAACAAUACCAUCCUCUGAUGUAGUGAGCAAUGGCACCGCCUAAACUCAAGGGGUCGCGUUUGUUCUCUCAUUUCACAUGUCCAGAGUGUUGUAAGUACUUGAUUAUUCAAUAAAUUACAAGGUUAUAGAA